AAGUGCAUUGAGAGUGAGAAAAACAGAGUUGUGUAACGCCGUUCAAAAGUCAUAACGGUUUGCAAUGACACGAGGUUGAAUGAAUGAUAUGGAAGACAAGGAACAUGAGGAUACAUGCAGUAUAUAUCCGGCAGUACCGUCUGGUAGUGAGAUCAAGGCCCGUGUGCAGCACUUUUUAGAAGAUCAGUUACAGAACACCAUGUGGACUGGUGUGCUGAUUGGAGCUGGAGUUGCGUUUUCACUUAUCAGUAUUGUUGUCUUUUUUAUGUACAGAAGAUACAAGGCAGGAGAAGAACAAGACGAGGGUCCUAAAUAUCGAUUCAGGAAAAGAGACAAAGUCAUGUUUUAUGGCAGGAAGAUAAUGAGGAAGGUGCAGACAUUGUCCUCACCAGUGGUCUCAGGUCCUGUAUCUCAAAAGCGAACCAGAAAAAGAACAAAAGUCCUGUCGAUAGCUCGCAAAAUCCUGCGUAUUCGGAGGGAACCGCCGACUCUGCAGCCAAAAGAGCCUCCUCCAUCACUUCUGGAAGCCGAUCUAACUGAAUUUGACAUGCAGAAUUCUCACCUGCCCUCUGAAGUCCUGUACAUGCUGAAAAACGUGAGAGUUCUGGGUCAUUUUGAGAAGCCUCUGUUCCUGGAGCUGUGUCGACAUAUGGUGUUUGUGCAGCUGCAGCAGGGGGAGGGAUUAUUCCGCCCAGGGGAUCUCGAUGACAGCAUCUUUGUGGUGCAGGAUGGCCAUCUUGAACUGUGUAUCCAAGAGAAUGAUGGGACAGAGAUGGUAGUAAAGCACGUUUUGCCUGGAGACAGUGUUCACAGUCUGCUCAGCAUCCUCGAUGUUAUCACCGGUUAUCCAGCCCCCUAUAAAACAGUUUCGGCCAGGGCAGCAGCCCCCACCACUGUUCUCCGGCUUUCAGCAACAACUUUUCAGUCUGUCUUUGAGAAGUACCCUGAAACCUUAGUCCGGGUUGUCCAGAUCAUCAUGAUGCGUCUUCAGAGAGUGACCUUUCUAGCCUUACACAACUACCUGGGAUUGACCACUGAACUUUUCAACCCGGAAAGUCAAGCGGUUCCUCUGGUGUCAGUUGCUGGUGUUUUAGGAGAAGCUAGUCCUGGGAAAGGACUGCGCAGGCAUUCUCAGACUAAUGAAGAAUUGGGUGACAAAGCCCCUCAGAGGUCCUCAGACCAUUUCAGUGACACAAGUCACAUGUACAGAGUCACAGAAGAGGAAGGUGCGAAACACAAUCCAACAGAGAGUCCUUCUACUUUACUCAGGAAGUCUCGCUCUCUGUCAAGCCCUUCAGAUGGUGUGCAUGCCGUGUCUCCUAGUCACAAUAUAGCCUUUGAUAGAGCAAAUAUCAAAGAAGAUGUUCCUACAAGUCCAGCUAUUCAUAAGUCUAUACGGAAGAAGUCGGUGACAUUGCAGCACGUUCCUUCAGCAGUGUUUCACUACUCAGACAGCGGAGGGCACUCCAGUCACAGCCAGCACUGUAAAGUUAAUGCCAUAUUUCAAGCUGCCAAGAAAGACCUUCUGAAGAUUUUUCAGCUUCAGGACUCCAGUCUUCUAGAAGACAGAGCGACUCUGAGGCAAGUUAAGGCGGGAUCCGUAGUAGCAAGUGAAGGAGACCAGGACGCGAGUGUGCAGUUUGUGAUCUCGGGAUCUCUGCACGUGUAUCAGAGGUUGAUUGACAGAGAGGAAGAAACGUGUCUGUUUGUGGCACACCCUGGAGAGAUGGUGGGUCACCUGGCCGUUCUCACAGGAGAGCCUCUUAUCUUCUCUGUGCGCGCACAUCGCGACUGCUGCUUCCUGUCUAUCUCUAAAGCACACUUUUAUGAGAUUAUGCGUGCCGAACCUCGGAUGGUGUUGAAUGUAGCUCACACAGUGGUACGGAGGGUCUCCUCAUUUGUCCGGCAGAUCGACUUUGCACUGGACUGGAUGGCAGUGGAGGCCGGGCGUGCUGUCUACAGACAAGAUGAUAAGUCAGACAGUACUUUCAUUGUUCUGAGUGGCCGUUUGCGUUCAGUCAUUAAGAAGGAUGAUGGGAAAAAAGAGCUUGCCGGAGAGUACGGCCGGGGAGACCUUAUUGGUGUGGUGGAAGCUUUGACUCAUAUGAACAGGGCUACUACAGUCCAUGCAGUCCGAGACUCUGAAUUGGCCAAACUGCCAGAGGGAGCUCUCAAGGCCAUUAAGAGGAAGUAUCCGCAGGUUGUAACUCGCCUCAUCCAUCUUCUUGGACAGAAAAUCUUGGGAAACAUGCAACAAGGCAACGGUCCACUCUCAGUUCGCGGUCUGGGUUUUCAAACCCCAACCAGCAAGUGGGAUGCGGGUAAUCCGGCCGCCAACCUGUCUACUGUUGCCAUUCUGCCCGUAUCUGAAGACGUGCCUUUGAUGGCCUUCACUUUGGAGCUGCAGCAUGCUCUUAUUGCCAUUGGCCCCACUUUGCUUCUCACCAGUGACAUCAUCAGACAGCGCCUAGGUGCUGCAGCCUUGGACAGUGUUCACGAGUAUCGUCUGUCCAGUUGGCUGGGUCAUCAAGAGGACAUCCACAGGAUUGUCCUGUAUCAGUCAGACGCUUCUCUGACACCUUGGACUCAGCGCUGCAUAAGACAGGCGGAUUGCAUCAUCAUUGUGGGUCUGGGAGAACAGGAGCCCACGGUGGGAGAGUUAGAGCGUAUGUUGGAGAACAGUGCAGUAAGAGCUCAGAAGCAGCUGGUCCUGCUGCACCGUGAGGAUGGACCUCCACCCAGAGGAACGGCCGAAUGGCUUAACAUGCGCAGCUGGAUCUCCAGACAUCUGCAUCUGUCAUGCCCCCACAGAGUUUUCUCUAAGAGGAAUUUACCCAAGCUGAGAGAGAUGUAUCAGCGGGUCUUUGAGAAGCCUCCCGACCGGCAUUCCGACUUCUCACGUCUGGCUCGGAUCCUGACAGGCAACGCGAUCGCUCUGGUACUGGGAGGAGGAGGGGCCAGAGGCUGUUCUCAGGUUGGCAUCAUUCGGGCACUGAGUGAAGCGGGCAUCCCUGUUGAUCUUAUUGGUGGCACAUCCAUUGGUUCACUCAUGGGGGCGCUGUAUGCUGAAGAGCGAAGCGUCAGCCGUAUGAUAGUCAGGGCACGCCAGUGGGCCAUGGAUUUCGGGUCUAUUUUCAAGAAGAUCACUGACUUGACCUACCCAGUGACAUCCAUGUUUACCGGAGCAUCUUUUAACUCCAGCAUCAGUGGCGUCUUCAAAGAUAAACAGAUUGAGGACCUUUGGAUCCCAUACUUCAACAUAACCACAGACAUCACUGCGUCCUCCAUGAGGGUGCAUACUGAUGGCUCUCUGUGGCGUUAUGUGCGUGCCAGCAUGUCACUUUCUGGGUACCUGCCCCCUCUGUGUGACCCUAAAGAUGGACACUUACUCAUGGAUGGAGGCUACAUUAAUAACCUACCUGCUGACACAGCGCGCUCAAUGGGUGCCAAGUUGGUGAUUGCUAUUGAUGUCGGCACUCAAGAUGAGACCGAUCUGACCAACUAUGGAGACUCUUUGUCUGGAUGGUGGCUGCUGUGGAAACGCCUGAACCCACUAGCAGAAAAAGUGAAGGUGCUGAACAUGGCGGAAAUUCAGACCCGGUUAGCUUACGUGUGCUCUGUGCGUCAGAUGGAUGUAGUGAAAGAAUGUGACUACUGCGAGUACCUGCGGCCACCCAUUGACCGCUACGGCACGCUGGACUUUGGCAAAUUCGAUGAGAUUGCUGAGGUUGGAUACCUGCACGGAAAGACCGUGUUUGACGUGUGGUGCCGGAGCGGAGUGAGGGAGAAGAUACUAAAAGACCAACAUCAAGAGGAGUUUCACAAAACCAAAAACACUAAUGUGAUGACCUGUCCCAAUGCAUCCUUCACUGAUCUGGCUGAAAUAGUGUCAAGAAUAGAGCCAGUGAAGCAGGCUGUCGUGGAUGAGGAGUCUGAGUACCAGACGGACUAUGAUGAAGAUGCAGUGCUGUCAGACUUUGACCUGUCCAACCCAAACAGUGAACACAGUGAACACACUGAAGAUGAGGAGGAGGAGGAGACAGCAGAUACGCUUGACACAGAGGAUGAAAUGGAGAUGGAGAUCAGACAGAGGAGAUAUCGAGCACCCAACCACACCAGCCGCCUUGGCACCUGACCUCAAAUAUCUUCAUUUGAAUCAGUUUUUAAUUUCAGGUUUAACUUUAGCAGUCUAUUUUUAAUUUUCUGCCUCUGAGGCCACUAAUAAUUUACUACAACAAAAUACUGCCUGUUUUUCCUUUACUAUCGGAGUCAAUAAUGAAAGUAUUUUACAUUUAAUUUCUCAUGCAAGUUGUCAAUGCAAUCACAACAGUCUGACUGUGUGAAAAGCUGUUUUAAGCUUAAAUUAAUAAUCACUGUAUAAAAAGGUUGUUUUAAUAUUUAAAAAAUAGUUUACAAUCUUAGAACAGAAGAAUAAGCUAUGAAAAGUAACCGUGAAUGACAUUUUGAUUCCAGUGUUCACAGCAAUUUAUAUGUAGUUACAGCUCAUAUGCAGAUGUAAUGUGUGGUGGUGUUGCUCCUGUGUGAGGAUUAUGAGCUAAUCGUGGAUUGAAUGAAGCUGUUACUAGUCUCUCUCUAGUCUCAUUUUAUUUGGUCCAUUAAAAGUUAAAUGUUGUCUGAA